UCCACCAAAACAGUAUAAAGGCUGCUGUCUGGGACCCAGAAGAGUAUACCUGAGCAAUACCUCCUGUUGUCAUUAUCAAAACAGUCUUCGACAGAUUGUUUGGUCCUCAGACUGAAGCAGGACCUUUAGCAUUCAACAGGCUUGUUGUUAAAUUUCUGGGCAUCUUCAGCACAAUGCAUGUCAAGGCUGUCACUGUUGUUUACUUGGUGGUGGCACUGCUGGGGGAAAGUAGUGCACAGAAUGUGGGACAGACAGGUGUCCAAGCGCAUCGAGGUCCUCCUGUCCACUUCUUCGCUUCAAUGCCAACAUCUCUUUCAGGCUAUGUCGACCAUAUCAAAUACACUGAUGUGACCCUGAACAUCGGUGGAGGAUACAACAAAUACUCUGGUGUCUUCACCGCUCCAGUCAGCGGAGUCUAUCAGUUCUUCUUUUCGUAUCAGAGUGGUCGUGGAAAUGACAAUAAUGCCUUAUAUCUGGUAGUCCGUGGCUCUGAAGUCAUGGUGUCUCAUUCCCAAAUCGCUGCACCCUCCACUGCUAGUAAUUUGUCUACAUAUAUGACUGUCCUGAAAAAAGGUGAUGUUGUCUAUGUGAAGCAGAAGCAUGGCCUAAUCUGGGCAGAGCCUUGGUCACGCACUAUUACCUUUUCUGGGUCACUGCUUUCCCAGAUAUUCUGAAAGCUGCACUUCCUGGCUGCAGUACGAUCAUCCAAUAUCUGUUUUCUGUGUUUCAUCUCCCUG